GUAAAAUAAUUUAAAAAAAGUGUGCCAGCUAAGCCUGCGAGCCAGUGAUGGCAGAGAUCCCAGGGUUUGUGCCCGAUGCCAGCAGCACAGAGCAGGUGGAAUGCCCUGUAUGCUACCAGGAAUAUAAUCAGGGUGUGAGACGCCCCAGGCUCUUGGAGUGCCACCACAUCUUCUGCACAGAAUGCCUGCAAAAAAUCCAGCUGGCCGUGCCUUCCAACGCCAUCUCCUGUCCGCUCUGCCGCCACGCCACCCCCCUGACUCCGGGGGGCGCUCUCUCCCUGCCCUGCCAGCCCGUGGCCCUGCCUUUCAGACGCACGACGGUCACCCAGCGCCUGGUCUUCUCCGUGGAGUCCAGCGCAGACCCCCGCUUCAUCAUCCUGCCCACCCUGAGUCUCCGGGUGGAGCAGAUGGUGAGGGUGGUGGAGACUGGCUCUCCACUGCCCCCUCCUGUCCAGGACAGGGGACUGCAGCAGAGGCAGGGUCUUGUGUGCGUGCAGCUGCUCUCCGUCACGUUCUGGGUGGUUUUCGUCAUGGUUUGCGUGGUGGGCGCGUUUGUCGGGUCUCGUUUUUUUCACUUUUAGACACCCUACUCUCCUUCCUUCCUUCCGUUCUUAAAAGUGUAGCUUACCCAAUAAUUCCAUGCAAUUAUUAUUAUUAUUAUUAUUAUUAUUAUUAUUAUUAUUAUUAUGAUGAUGAUGAUGAUGAUGAUGAUGAUGAUGAUGAUGAUGAUGAUGAUGAUGAAUUCAUAAUAAGGCAGCAGUGUGGAGUAGUGGUUAGGGCUCUGGACUCUUGACCGGAGGGUUGUGGGUUUAAUCCCAGGUUGGGGGGACACUGCUGCAGAGUCACUUCCAAUAGGACCUUGUUUGUUUGACGUCUCAUCCGAAGGACGGAGCACAAGGAGGUUCAGUGACUUGCUCAGGGUCACACACACACACACAGGGAGUCAGUGGCUGAGAUGUGAUUUGAACCUCCUGGUAUCAAGACCCUUUUCUUUAACCACUGGACCCCCCGAGCCUCACUAUAAAGGUCUCAAAUGUGCAGUUUUGACAGAAAAACGUGUGCUUUCAGUCUAAAACAUGAGGUGCUAGUUCAGGUUGUAGAAAGUUUCUAUGCCGUGUUCUCUGGCUGUCUGUUCCACCUGUGCUUCUGGGCUCACCUCCGCAGCGUCGGAGCAUGCAUGGAGCCGAACACAUCUCUAACAGCUCAUUUCAUGUACCUGUCUGUGCUUUAUAAUAAAAAUGAUAUCAACCACCGUGAUGCAUGUCUUAUCUUUUACAUUUAGAUACAAUUUCUAAAGCAAGCGUUUGCAAUAGGCAUAUGUAAUGCAGGUUCCAACCCUGGUCCUGGAGAGACCCAAUCCUGCUGGAUUUCUUGCAAUGGCUAACGAUCUGGAACACCUGUUAAUCCUGACUAAUUAAGCCACUACUAAUUAGAGAUUAAUUAAGGAGAUUAGAUAAAGGGGCAUUCAGAACAGAAAAUAGGAGGCACUUUUUUUACACAGAGAAUUGUGAGGGUCUGGAACCCCCAGUAAUGUUGUUGAAGCCGACACCCUGGGAUCCUUCAAGAAGCUGCUUGAUGAGAUUCUGGGAUCAAUAAGCUACUAACAACCAAACGAGCAAGAUGGGCCG